AUGCAAUUCAAGUCUAUCGCUACUCUCGCCAUCGUUUCGGUCGCUGUCGCCGCUCCCCUUGCCUGUGAAGACGGCUCGUGCCAAAACGGCUCCGGUAACAUCCAAGGCAUUGGUGGUGGCCAGGGUCAAGGUCAAGGUCAAGGCCAAAUUGGUGGUGGCCAAGGCCAGGGUCAAGGUCAAGGCCAAGGCCUCGGUGGCGGUGUUAGUGUUGGCGGUGGCCAAGGUCAAGGCCAGGUCUCUGGUGGCGGUUCUACCACUGUGGUCCAAGAGGAACAAGGCGGUGGUAAGUUGAACAACCCCUUGGGUCCCGUGGGUGCUAUUGCUGCUGCCAUCUGGGGGUGUGCCAUGUCGAUCUUGGGCACUGCCUAA